AUGAACAUUACGUCGGAGUUUGUGUCAAUAGGCGGUAACAGAAAUCCUGCUGCAGCAGACUGGGACGUAUAUGGCUCUGGUAUACUGGCAUUUGGUGCAGACAAUUGCAUUGCGCUGUGGCAUCCUCAAGACGGGCAACUCGGUGGGGUACAUGCAGUCUUGAAUGGCCAUACCAAAGACGUCAACGCUGUCAAGUUCUUUCCUACAAACUCAUCAGACGUCUCUAUCCUGCUCAGUGGUGCAGCGGAUAAUACGAUUCGCAUUUGGCGCGCCCAAACAAGGGGAACGCCCAAGUAUGAAUGUGUCAAGAGCGUCUCUGGACACACGAAUCCCAUCACCAAAAUCGCGACGUUGCCUGGAUCAGACAUCUUUGCUUCCGGAUCAUCAGACGGUUUAGUCAAGAUAUGGAAGCUUGUCCAUGAUGACACCUUUACAGCCACCGAAGUCGAGCUACUGCAAACGAUUACACUGUCGCCGAAGUACUUUCCUUUGAUCCUCGCACUCGCGCAGCUGGAUGCCAAUUCGAUGGUAUUGGCGGUUGCAGGCACCCGUCCUACUAUCCAGAUUUUCGUUUCUCGAGAUACCCAAUUUCAGCUCUCUGCGACACUCACGGGACACGAGGGAUGGAUUCGUGCGCUUGACUUUACUCGCGAAACCACCAACGCGAACAGCGACCUGUUGCUAGCCUCUGCAAGCCAAGACAAGUAUAUCCGUCUGUGGAGAUUCCAUUCCGGCAACGAACUUCCUGUCGCAAGUAGCGCCCUCAAUGACCCAGCUCUCGGGGGUCUUGUCAAGUCGCUUUCCAACAAAGCGCACUGGAUCGAAUCGCCAGAAUCGAAACACUCCAUCACCUUCGAGGCACUGCUGUUAGGGCAUGAGGAUUGGAUCUACACAGCUUCGUGGCGGCACCGAGACGGCAGACUGCAACUACUUUCAACAUCGGAAGACAACUCUCUUGCGAUUUGGGAGUCAGAUCCAGCAUCAGGCGUGUGGGUGUGCACUACUAGGUUAGGCGAGAUAAGCGCACAGAAAGGAUCUACAAGUGCUACAGGAAGCGCAGGAGGCCUCUGGAUUGGUCUUUGGUCACCUGACAGUAACUCUGUCGUUUCAUUGGGCAGAACAGGAAGCUGGAGGAAGUGGACCUACUCCACAGCUAAGGACAUGUGGACUCAACAAGUUGGAAUCACAGGCCAUGUCCGAGAAGUCAGUGGACUCACAUGGUCAAGGCAUGGCUCAUACCUACUCUCGACUUCGCAAGACCAAACGACACGACUCUUUUCCGAGUGGAAACAGGGAGAAUCUGCCUCAUCAUGGCACGAGUUCUCUAGACCGCAGAUCCAUGGCUACGAUCUCAACUGUGUGGACGCGAUAAGUGAUACAGAGUUCGUGUCCGGUGCUGAUGAAAAGCUUCUUCGCGUCUUCGACGAACCAAAGGGUGUCGCAGGAAUGCUGAGCAGGCUUUGCAAUAUAGAAUCUUCCAACGCCAGCCACCUGCCUGACGCAGCCAACAUUCCCGUUUUGGGUCUUUCGAACAAAGCCAUCAAAGCCAUAGGCGAUGACGAGGAAGUGGAGAACGACGAAACAGAUGAGCGUGAAGCUGUUGACCCUACUUCCAGCAUCCGGAAAUCCGCCCUUGAGUUCAAUCAUCCGCCCUUUGAGGACCACCUUGCCCGGCACCUGCUUUGGCCUGAGACAGAGAAGCUUUACGGACACGGCUACGAGAUCUCCGCAGUAGCUGUUAGUCGAGACGGUAACCUUGUCGCAACAGCUUGUCGAGCUAGUUCAAUUGACCACGCCGUCAUUCGUCUGUAUGACACGAAAGAGUGGCUGGAAGUCAAGCCGGCGCUGAAGGCUCAUUCACUUACAGUCACUUCACUACAUUUCUCCCCUGGCGACAAGUACUUGCUUAGUGUUGGGCGUGACAGACAAUGGGUCGUCUGGGAGCGUAGCACCGAGCCUUCGCUUUACACCCUGAAAAAUUCGAAUCCGAAGGGACACUCGCGUAUGAUUCUGAACUGCGCAUGGACACCACUUGAGCAAGCGACCUUCCUGACAGCUGGGCGGGACAAGUCAGUCAAAGUAUGGCAGAUAGUCGACAGCGAGGUGCAGCUCAAAGGUACGGUGACUGCAGAUGCAGCCGUUACAGCGGUUGCAAGCAAUGAGAAGGUACUGGAUGGAAAGAUUUGGUUUGCUUUUGGAACGGAGACUGGUGAGAUUAGUAUUGCGACUGCAGUGACGGACACGCUUGACAGCAUUGCGGUGACAAUAAUGGAUGCGAAUAUAUCACCUGCUAAAACCAUCAAUCAGAUUGACUGGAGGCCUAACAGAGACGAAGAGCGUAGUCAACAGAUUGCAGUAGCAGCAGAUGACUCCUCUGUCCGAGUAUACAACGUUGCAUAG